AUGAGUUCAUUGGAUGCGACUAGGGCCGAACUUGGCCUUCUUGUUUUGUAUUUGAACAAAGCUGAGGCAAGGGACAAGAUAUGCAGAGCAAUACAAUAUGGUUCUAAAUUUUUGAGUAACGGUGAACCUGGUAAAGCGCAGAAUGUAGACAAAACAACCAGCUUAGCACGAAAAGUUUUUCGUCUAUUUAAGUUUGUCAACGACCUGCAUGCUCUGAUAAGUCCAACACCACAGGGUACACCUCUCCCUCUAAUUCUGUUGGGAAAGUCCAAGAAUGCAUUACUGUCCACUUUCUUGUUUCUCGAUCAAUUUGUGUGGCUUGGUAGAACCGGUAUCGUUGAGAACAAAGAACGUACCGAACUACUCGGCCGGAUUUCUCUUUUCUGUUGGAUGGCUUCCUCAGUGUGUACCACCUUGGUUGAGCUCGGGGAGCUUGGAAGACUCUCUGGAUCCAUGAAGAAGUUAGAAAAAGAAAUCAAGAACAGUAAUAAAUAUGAUAACGAGCAAUACCAGGCCAAGCUAAAGAAGUCAAACGAGAGGACUCUAGCACUUAUCAAAGCAGGCAUUGAUGUAGUGGUAGCUGCUGGACUACUUCAGUUGGCACCUCAGAAAAUCACUCCCCGUGUUACCGGAGCAUUUGGAUUCGCGUCGUCUCUUAUAUCUUGCUAUCAGUUGCUUCCUCCGGCAUCUGCCAAGUCAAAAACAUUGUGA